AGUCAGCUGAUCGAGGCCGUGGAUCCUUCCAGCUGGUGGCGAGUGCGGUCAGGUGGUUCCCCCGACUCCUCUCUACAGUACUUGUAUAUUUUAUAAACCUUCUCUUGCCUCUCCACACCUACCGCUUUAUCAGCUUCGUAAUAAUCCAAAAACUUGAUAGACUUCAAAGUUAAUGGUGAGAGACUGGGCAGGAAGUCACGAUGGGAAGCGUUCAGCGAAGAGAUUACGUAAGGCUGUUGAUUGCUCCAGCAGCAUUUGCUGUUUCUUCUUUUUUCCUCUGGUUUCUCUUUAUCAACAGGCCAGCUUUAAAGGAUGGAGUCAGCCCGGAUCUUCAUUUUCCAAAGUCUCUUGAAGACUUAAAAGAGCUUGUGCGUGCAUCAAGUGUUUACAAACAGGACCACUGGUAUUAUGUUCUUCUGUUAUUCUCAGCAGCUUACAUCUAUAAGCAGACCUUUGCUAUCCCUGGCUCUGCACUCUUGAACUUAUUUUGUGGAGCCGUGCUUGGGUGCUGGCCUUUAGGAUUUCCACUGUGCUGUGUCCUGACAGCUAUUGGUGCAUCCAACUGCUUCCUGCUGUCUCGCCUUGUGGGAAAAGCAAUCAUUCAAAAGAUGUUUGCUACCAAGAUUGAAAUGCUUCAGGGAAAGUUGCUGGAGAAUAAACAUCGGCUGUUUCUCUUCUUGAUCAGCUUGCGAGUGUUCCCCAUGACGCCUAAUUGGUUUCUUAAUGUGACGGCCCCCUAUAUUAAUAUACCACUACCCAUGUUCUUUCUCUCUGUUUUAAUUGGAUUGCUGCCCUACAACUUCUUAUGCAUUCAGGCUGGAGAGAUGCUGUCCGACAUUCGAUCAAUGGAUGAUAUUUUAACUCACAAGCAGAUACUGGCCCUCAUCACUUUAACUCUAGUGAUGAUAACACUGACACACUUUUCUCGCAAACAUAAAUCAAGACACAGUGAAUAACAUUGCAGUAUUUACUGACCAUAAAUAUAAUACUGAUUUUUGUUUCUAGAAUAUAUUUUGCAAUGGGCAUUAAAUUUUAUUAAUGUACAAAGUUGCACAAUUUUUAACAAUCGAUAACAAAUUAUAGUUUUCAAUUACAAACUGUGCCAAUGAGAUUUUAAAUGAUUCUCAAAAGUUUGUCUUUCUCAUUGUAUCUCUACCUCAAGAUUUAUCUUCAGACAUGGUUUUUCCAUCUAAUUUAUGAGGCUUAUUUAUAUUCCCUCUUAGUACAUGUUACAUCAGACUUUGGUGAAAUCAUCAUACAGCUGAUCAGCUCAUGUCAACCUGAAAAUAUCAGUCGACUUCUUCCAAGCCCAUCUCCCCAAAUAUUUAUGCGUGUUGUGCGAUGUGUGGAAUAUCACAGUAAAAGUGAUAGGUAUGGGUGGAUUGUAUACAUUUAGACUUUUGCAAUACAGUAGCAUUUGACACAGUGCAAUGUAAGUGUUACCUUGUGAAGGAGGGCUAAUAUUACUAGAGGGAAUGAAUGGAUUACAUAGUACAUCACUAUUCAAAUGGUAAAGUGAUGCAAACAGUUGUAGGAUGUAAUUUAUCGUGAAAUAAUGGUAUUUGCGGAGUGCCAUCGGGAUCUGUCUUGUUCUGUGACAUUAGGAUAUAUAAGACUAAAGUACGUACUGCUCUGGAUUCUUGGCAGGUUACAUGUUGAAGUUGAAGGAAUGUGUUACAUGAUACAGAUCUAGAAGGGAUUCAUUAGAGUGGUACAAUACAGUAUAUAUGUUACUGGUAAAUUCUCUUAAAUUCUGCAAAGUAUUUGUAUUAAGAAAUUAGUGUCCAUCAUUAGAUUAACUUAAUGAUGAAGAGUAAUGAGUAAUUGGUUUGAUUAAUGUAAUCAAUGCAAGACAAUGUCGACAUUGUGUAAUGUUCCCAUUAUUUAAUAUACUAUACAGUGUAUGGAUGUGUCAACUUUAUGUAAUGUUCCCAUUAUUUAAUAUACUAUACAAUGUAUGGCUGUGUCAACAUUGUGUAAUGUUCCCAUUGUUUAAUAUACUAUACAGUGUAUGAAUGCGAUCAUGAUGCAGGUCAAGAGAAGAACAUUGGAGUGAACCUAGUCCAUGAUAGUACCAUAAAUAGAAUAGGCCUAUAUUAAAUUUGAUGUACGCAAAUGUUGUAAAAAUUUUGAACAGGGGUAAAUUAAUUAUCAGGAAAUAGUGCUAAAAUAUUAUUGACUGUAUUGUACAUUUAGUAUGCCCUCCUAUUCCUUCCAAGACCAGUGAUAAGAGGAUGGAGGGAAGAAAUGGGACCCAACCACCUGGACCACUGAAGAUCGGGAGCAGGCUUUGCCAAAAGCGAUGAUAAUUACUUUCUACUUUGCCAGAAGUGAGGCCAUCACUGUAAUGAAGGUUUAUAAAGAUUAGUUCCAAGUUAUAUUAAUGUAUACGAGACAAGAUUGGUAAAAGUGAAUGUAAGGGGCAGGGGCAGAACUACAGGGAACUAUUGGGAGAAAGUGCCAAGCGAUUAUGACUAUAGGAAGGGAUCAGGAUAAGGAUUUUGGGAUGGGACGGGGAGGGGGUGGGGAAGAAUGGUGCCCAACCACUUGGACGGUGGAGGAAUGAACAGCAGCCUGCAUGAAACGAGACCGUUGCUCUACUAUCCAGCCCCAGGUGGUUGGGCAAGUGAAUAUAAACAAAGGUGAAGUUAUGAUGGCCGGAUAGAGAGGAAAACCAAAUGGAAUGUGUGUGAAGUAUAAGUGUGCUGUGACGGGCUGGUCAGUGUGGGUCCAGGACUGAAAGUGGCUAGUACAAUGAGGCCUCAAGCUGGAAAAAAAAAGAUGGGAAGAUAUGCAACUGGAAGGCUACAUUGAGGAUUGGUAAUGCAUACUCUUAUGCACAGGUGUUUUAAGAUGCUGGUAAUGUAUGAACAGGAAAAUUAAGAAAUGGAUCAGUAGAGAUGGUCAAUCUGAAUAGCAUGUGUGGUAUCAGCAAGAUAGACUUAAGAAAGAAAAUGUCAUUGGAGGAGGUAGUGUAAAAGUUAACAAUUAGCAAUAUUGAGAACAAUGAACUAAGUUUGGUUAUGUACAAAUUAACAAUAGACAGGUGAAAGUGAAUUUUAGAAUAGGCAGAGGGAAGAGGUCAAGAAAGUGGUUAGACAGUGAGUAUAAACAGUUCAAUAAGUGAAACAGAACAAGGCUAAGUGGCAUCAGUUUGUGAAAGAGAGAGAGAGAAUAAAUUUGUAUUUAAUUCAUGAAGAGUAUCAUGCCUGGUUUUAUUAAGUGAGGGUGUGUUCCUGUGAAUGAUUUUUUUAAAUGUAGUGGUGUGCGAGUUCUCCAUGAUGUUUAAUAUGAAAGGUAUAGUGAAUGGAUGGGUGUCAGGUUUGAAUAUACAACUGGUAUUUACCUUUCUUAUCUUAAACAGUACUGGUGUUCAGUCUUUCAGCUCGUGCCUCUGUACCCGAUGAUGAUGGAAUUCCAGUAGUUACAAAUAAUUAGUCACACCUACACAAGUAAAAUAAUUACAUGUAUGCAUACAAACUUUUAAACAUGUACAUAUACCUGUGUAUUUGUAUGAACUAAAUGUUAUUCCAUAGGGGACAGCUUUGUUUUAUGACCCAAGGAAAUGACCAUUAAAUGACUUGUCAUUUAACUAAAAUUAAAUUGUAUUGGAUACUUUGUAAAUGUGUAAACGAUUGACAUUUGCAGUCUGCAGUUAAAACUUUUGUAUAUUUAUUUAAAAUAAAUAUUCCUAUUCAUUAAUAAAUUUUUUAAAAUA